UAUAACCUCAAAAGCAAAAAUUCCAAGUAUCGGGCGAGAGAAACAGAAAUUUUUUUUGUGCACAUAAUUUCACUGAAAACUUAACAAAAAAGUUUAACCAUACAUUACAGACAUGUCCGAUUUUGAGAGUCCAACCGGAAAUGAUAAGGAACUGCAGGAGUUUCUUAUGAUUGAAAAACAAAAGGCGCAGGUCAAUGCACAGAUACACGAGUUCAACGAGAUUUGCUGGGAGAAAUGCAUUGGAAAGCCCAGCACGAAACUAGACCAUGCUACAGAGACGUGUCUGAGCAAUUGUGUGGAUCGUUUUAUCGAUACAUCUCUGCUGAUAACACAACGUUUCGCUCAGAUGCUUCAAAAGCAGAGCUCCGGUGGCAUGUAGACCUAAGUACCUAAUUAGUCAAAAUAGUGGAGCACACAGUUGCCUGGAGAUUGUCGAGACAACAAAACAAUGCUGGACCUUGUAUUAGCUAUAUUAGGAUACAAUAGAACAUCGUGUUCCAUUUAAACAACAACAAAAAACAAUAACUAAUUUCUAAAAUUACCAUGUAAGAAGUUUUUUGCUAAAUUUGUCCUCUGUCGUUCACCCGUGCGUGUUGCUAGCGACAAAACUUCGAAAUUCUGAAACCAAAAAAAUAAUAAAAACAAAAAAA